GAGAGAGAGAGAGCGAGCGCGCGCACUCGGCAGCCCGCCUCCGGCCGGCUGAUGCUCCGCUCCGGUUCUGUCCAUCCUGCCUGAGGAGAGAGAGAGAGAGAGAGAGAGAGAGGGGGAAGGGGGGAGCGGACCGAGGACGAGACGCGAGAGGAAACAUCCAUGGGUGGCUGUGUGGGCAGUCAUCAUGACUCUUCAGGCAGCUUAAACGAAAACUCAGACGGAACCGGAGUGGCUCUGGGGCGGAACCAGCCCCUGAAGAGAGAGAAGCCCAAAUGGAAGAGCGAUUACCCGAUGACGGACGGCCAGCUGCGGAGCAAGCGUGAUGAGUUCUGGGACACGGCGCCUGCCUUCGAGGGCCGCAAAGAGAUCUGGGACGCGCUGAAGGCCGCCGCACAGGCCUUCGAGAGCAACGACCACGAGCUCGCUCAGGCCAUCAUCGACGGAGCGAGCAUCACUCUGCCACACGGUGCUCUGACUGAGUGCUAUGAUGAACUGGGAAACCGCUACCAGCUCCCCGUGUACUGCCUGUCUCCACCCGUCAACAUGAUCGAGGAAAAGAGUGAGACGGAGACACCUGAGGCUCCCGAGGCCCCGCCCACCGAGGGACACGAGUGCCAGCUGCGUCUGCGUCUCUCUACGGGUCGCGACCUGCGUCUGGCCGUGCGCUCCGGAGACAGCGUGCUGUUCAUGAAGCGGCGUCUGCAGGCUCAGGAGGGUCUCGAGGCGUCCAGCCAGCGCUGGUUCUUCUCGGGUCGGCCGCUCAGCGACCGCAUGAAGCUGCACGAGCUCAACAUCUCCAAAGACUACGUAGUGCAGGUGAUCGUCAGCCAGCCGCCGCCUGUCGAGAACUGAGAAAACGGCGGAACCUUCUAGUAUCUUGUUGGGGACCGUGUUGUGUUCAGAGCGUUGGAGAGGAAGCGCGCUGCUCUAAAGAGACGUCGGACGAUCCCUGAAGUGCUUUCCUUUUUUUUUUUUUUUUUUCUCUUCUAUAUAUAUUUUUUUCUUCUGAUGCGUUUAUGUCUGCAAGGCAGACCUGAAAUACGGACGUCUGAAACUCUGCGCCCCUCUCGGAGACUUUCCUUGGAGGCUUGGCUUUUCACAAAUCCCUUUUUUAUGGAAAACUUUGCUCCUGAACUCGUUCCGAAAUCUAUCAAAGAAUAUCUAAAAGAAGGAAUCUAAAUUUCAUUUCUGUCCUCAAAUGUCUUUUUUUUUUUUCCUGUUUUUUUCCCUUUCUGUUUUUUUUUUUUUUUUUUAACAUCAAAUGAAUCUCUUGCACUGCAAAAUGAUCCUAAAGUGAAUAGGCAUGGGUUUUUGGUUGUUUUUUUUUUUUUUGUGUGUGUGUGUGUGUGUGUGUGUGUGUGUGUGUGUGUGUGUGUGUGUGUAAUAAGUCAGCUGUUUGACCUUUUCAUCUAGAUUUCAGGUCAUUUGCUUUGAGACAGGGCAGUAUCACGUGAUGCUCUGUGAUGUACGUCUGUUACUGUAACGUAACGUAAUAUAGAUGAGAUGCAAGACGUCGAUCUGCUGCACGGCUCUGCAUGGAGCGUCAGGAAUCUGGUCUGAUCCGCCAGGUUUCCAUGGCACCGUGUCCUCCCUCUGUCUCUCUCGUAUUGAUGAGUGUACGUAGGUGCCGAGGAAGAAAGGAACGGAUUGACUGACUGAUCGACCGUCUCGGCACCAAAAUUUACGCUAUGAAGACGGAAAAAGAGACGCUAACGCAGUUCGCUCGCCUGAACGUAGCGAACCGCCCUGUGAUUUCCUCCUCCUGUGUGUUUUUAAGCAUUUUCUGUUCUGUUGAAGGAGAAAUGGUAAAAAGUGAUGGCUUAUUUUACUGAUCCAGAAUGCGUUUUUAAUUAAAAUACCAACGU